UCAUUCUUCGAUACUUCACUAGAUUCAAAGCAUUCGAGUCAACGAACCUUCUAACAUGGCUUCAGUAGUAAAAACUCUGUCCCUUUGCCUGUGCCUCAUUGCAUUUGUUACACUGGAAAUCAAAGCCCAAACCACCGAUCGCACUUCGGAGUUUCAAGCCCUCUGUGAUAGAUACAGAACAGUGAUGAACGACUGUGAAGAAAGACUUCCCGGGCUAGUGACUGCUGAUGAGCAGGCUUUGCUGAAGUCAGCCGAUAAUAAUCAGGUGUGUUUGGAAGAGGAAGGUGAAACGAACUUUGCCGAUGCUUGUAAGAUCUUGGAGAGCGUUUGCAUCCGAGUUGUCUCGUGUCCCGCUUCAGCUCGUUUUAGGCGUUCCUCCUCCGUCUCUGCCUCUGCUGAAUCAUCCGUUGAGUCUAGUGAAACAGACUAAGAAGGCCAUCUCCAUGACAUGUCAAAGGUCGUUACCUUGAAUAUUGUCUUGAAAGGAGAUCAAAGAGUCUUGUUCUGUCAUCUGCUAGUUAUAUGAAUUUGUAUUUAUGUAAAUCUAAU